GUACUUCUAUGAGUUCUUGUCUUUACGCUCUUUGGAUAAAGGCAUAAUGGCUGAUCCAACUAUAAAUAUUCCUCUGCUUGGAACUGUUCCUCAUAAAGCAUCAGUUGUUCAGGUUGGAUUUCCUUGCAUUGGAAAACAAGAUGGGGUUGCUGCAUUUGAAGUGAAUGUGAUCAUCAUGAAUUCAGAAGGCAGUAUUAUUCUCCAGACCCCUCAGAACGCCAUCUUCUUUAAAACCUGUCAGCAAGCGGAGUGUCCAGGAGGAUGCAGAAAUGGAGGGGUUUGCAAUGAAAGACGUGUCUGUGAAUGUCCAGAUGGAUUUUACGGGCCUCACUGUGAGAAAGCACUGUGUGCUCCUCGCUGCAUGAACGGUGGGCUCUGCAUCACACCCGGCCUCUGCAUCUGUCCCCCAGGAUUCUAUGGCAUCAACUGCGACAAAGCAAACUGUACAACAACCUGUUUCAAUGGAGGAACGUGUUUCUAUCUGGGAAAAUGCAUUUGUCCUUCGGGCUAUGAAGGAGACCAAUGUGAAAUUAGUAAAUGCCAUCAGCCCUGUCGAAAUGGAGGCAAAUGUACCGGGAGGAAUAAAUGCAAGUGUUCCAAAGGCUACCAGGGAGACCUGUGUUCCAAGCCUGUCUGUGAACCUGGCUGUGGCCUAUAUGGCACCUGUGCUGAGCCCAACAAAUGCCAGUGCAAAGAAGGCUGGCACGGGAGAUACUGCAAUAAAAGGUACGGAGCCAGCAGUCUGAGUGCCCUGAGGCCAGCAGGCAGCAAGCACAGGCAGCACACGCCUUCUCCAAAAAGGGCCGAGGAGAGGCAAGUUCCACCCGAAUCCAAUUAUAUCUGGUGAACUCCAACAUCUGAAACGGUUCGUGUUACACAAAGUUCAUAGCCUUCAUUAACCUCUCAUGGAUUGAAUGUUAAAAUGCUGUUCAUUACAGUUAAGAUUACCGGCUGGAAUUUUAUUAGCUUCAUUAUAAACCACUGAGCUGAUACUUACUAUUCCUUUUAAGUUUUAUAAAUAAUUCUAUAGCAUGAUUAUGUAGGCUUCUUCUUUCAGUGCUUUGGAUGGUGUUUUGUACUAUACUUCAGUUACAUCGAAACUUCUUCUUUUUUUGAUUAUACAGCUGCAAAUAUUUUCCAAAAAUUAAGUAACAAUAUUCAAGCAGAAAACCUCAUAGAUGCUAACCUGGAUAAUUUCAAUGACUACAGAUUUAAUUUGCCUAAAACAAAAGUAAGAUGCAUUUUACAUUUUUCCUUUUGUGUUAUUAGACUUUUCCCUAAGAAAAAGAAAAAGAAAUAAAACAAGUAAGUUGCCUAAUUUAAAAAACAAAUAAUUCAAUUAAAUGGGUCUGGUUUUGGCCUUACAGUUUUGCAAAGUACUGUGUAUUAAAAAUACACUGCAGUGGUGCCAUUUAACCAACGUAAUAUAUUGUAAACAAAGUAGAACUAUAAUGUAUGAACUUUCUGCAUCAGCUUGAAGCAAUAUAAUAUAUUGUAAACAAAACAGCUCUUAUGUAAUAAACUUUUUAUACUGACAGUUAUGUGUAAAAUAAAGACGCUGCUUUAGUUUUUCGA